UUUUUUUUAAUUUUAAAAUUAGCACCAUGAGCGUAAUUGUUGUGUUACUACUUGCUGCUGUUGCAUAUGGCAUGCCAGCCAAAAGGGAUCCCAUGAUCAAUGAGGGAUUCUUUGAAGGAGACAUUGCAGGGAUAGAUCCUAAUCAGGACAGGAAUGCUAUUCCUAGGGAUUCCCAAAGAUGGCCAAACGGUGUUGUUCCUUACGAAGUGGAUCCUUCUCUGUACAAUAUUUGGGAACUUCUCAUGGAAUCCAUGCGCCAUAUCGAAGAAAAUUCUUGUAUUCGUUUUGUGCAGAGGAAAACCGAAAAAAACUACAUUAGACUGUUUAAAGGCAACGGGUGUUGGUCCUUUUGGGGUCUUCUCGGCAACGGCGAACAAAAAGUAUCCAUUGGAGGAGGUUGCGAAUAUAAGGGUACAAUCGUCCAUGAAUUAUUCCAUGCUUUGGGUUUCGAACACGAACAUAACAGAUCUGAUAGAGAUGACUAUCUUACUAUUAACUACGAAAACAUUGAUCCACAAUGGUAUUAUGCAUUUAAGAAGCUCCGACCCGAAGAAAAUAGACUGUUAACUAGCUUUGACUACAACUCCAUCAUGUUGUACGGAGAAGACGCCUUCAGCAAGAAGUGGGGUUUGAAAACCAUAAUUCCAAAGAACGGUCAGUUCUUGCCUGGAAACUAUGCGAAGCCAGGAAUGUCUAAAUCUGAUAUCACGAGGUUGAAUAUGCUGUACAAUUGCCCAAAGAAAUAAAUUUUCAAAUUUUGAAGA